GUCCUCAAGGGCGAGGCCACUCCCUCCCCGCGAGUUCCAUGCCCCCUAGAGGAUCAUCGUUCCCGACGGGGAGGUGGCGCCCUCCCCCGGGCCCCGGGCCCCGACCGCCCGUGCUGCCUCCUUCCGGGCCCUCCUCCGCGAUGACGGCGCCGCGAGCAGGCCAGGCGGACUGGGCGGGGCUCCGAGCGGGGACUGGGACCCAGACCGACUAGGGGACUGGGAGCGGGCGGCGCGGCCAUGGCGGGCUGCUGCGCCGCGCUGGCGGCCUUCCUGUUCGAGUACGACACGCCGCGCAUCGUGCUCAUCCGCAGCCGCAAAGUGGGGCUCAUGAACCGCGCCGUGCAACUGCUCAUCCUGGCCUACGUCAUCGGGUGGGUGUUUGUGUGGGAAAAGGGCUACCAGGAAACUGACUCCGUGGUCAGCUCCGUUACAACCAAGGUCAAGGGCGUGGCUGUGACCAACACUUCUAAACUUGGAUUCCGGAUCUGGGAUGUGGCGGAUUAUGUGAUACCAGCUCAGGAGGAAAACUCCCUCUUCGUCAUGACCAACGUGAUCCUCACCAUGAACCAGACCCAGGGCCUGUGCCCCGAGAUUCCAGAUGCGACCACUGUGUGUAAAUCAGAUGCCAGCUGUACUGCCGGCUCUGCCGGCACCCACAGCAACGGAGUCUCAACAGGCAGAUGCGUAGCUUUCAACGGGUCCGUCAAGACGUGUGAGGUGGCAGCCUGGUGCCCGGUGGAGGAUGACACACACGUGCCACAACCUGCUUUUUUAAAGGCUGCAGAAAACUUCACUCUUUUGGUUAAGAACAACAUCUGGUAUCCCAAAUUUAAUUUCAGCAAGAGGAAUAUCCUUCCCAACAUCACCACUACUUACCUCAAGUCGUGCAUUUAUGAUGCUAAAACAGAUCCCUUCUGCCCCAUAUUCCGUCUUGGCAAAAUAGUGGAGAACGCAGGACACAGUUUCCAGGACAUGGCCGUGGAGGGAGGCAUCAUGGGCAUCCAGGUCAACUGGGACUGCAACCUGGACAGAGCCGCCUCCCUCUGCUUGCCCAGGUACUCCUUCCGCCGCCUCGAUACACGGGACGUUGAGCACAACGUAUCUCCUGGCUACAAUUUCAGGUUUGCCAAGUACUACAGAGACCUGGCUGGCAACGAGCAGCGCACGCUCAUCAAGGCCUAUGGCAUCCGCUUCGACAUCAUUGUGUUUGGGAAGGCAGGGAAAUUUGACAUCAUCCCCACUAUGAUCAACAUCGGCUCUGGCCUGGCGCUGCUAGGCAUGGCGACCGUGCUGUGUGACAUCAUAGUCCUCUACUGCAUGAAGAAAAGACUCUACUAUCGGGAGAAGAAAUAUAAAUAUGUGGAAGAUUACGAGCAGGGUCUUGCUAGUGAGCUGGACCAGUGAGGCCUACCCCACACCUGGGCUCUCCACAGCCCCAUCAAAGAACAGAGAGGAGGAGGAGGGAGAAAUGGCCACCACAUCACCCCAGAGAAAUUUCUGGAAUCUGAUUGAGUCUCCACUCCACAAGCACUCAGGGUUCCCCAGCAGCUCCUGUGUGUUGUGUGCAGGAUCUGUUUGCCCACUCGGCACAGGAGGUCACCAGUCUGUUCUUGGCUGGGUCAACUCUGCUUUUCCCGCAACCUGGGGUUGUCGGGGGAGCGCUGGCCCGACGCAGUGGCACUGCUGUGGCUUUCAGGGCUGGAGCUGGCUUUGCUCAGAAGCCUCCUGUCUCCAGCUCUCUCCAGGACAGGCCCAGUCCUCUGAGGCACGGCGGCUCUGUUCAAGCACUUUAUGCGGCAGGGGAGGCCGCCUGGCUGCAGUCACUAGACUUGUAGCAGGCCUGGGCUGCAGGCUUCCCCCCGACCAUUCCCUGCAGCCAUGCGGCAGAGCUGGCAUUUCUCCUCAGAGAAGCGCUGUGCUAAGGUGAUCGAGGACCAGACAUUAAAGCGUGAUUUUCUUAA